AUGAACCGCCGGGCCCGAGAAGAAGAAAUAAUCAAAGCCAACAAUCCAAUUGACAAAUACAAGUGGAUCGGAGACUCCUCUAUCCUGUUCCCUGCGGCACUGCAGAUUCGACAUAUCACAUCCGCAUCGGAUCGAUCGCCACGCGAUCCCGACAACCAGGAAGGCCAGAUCAGUGGCUCGCUCAGUCCUCACAAUGAUCUGUCACUUAAAUAG